AUGCAUUUUUUUCGCUAUCUUAUCUACCUGCAUGACAUCAGAUAUAAAUUUCACCACUUGGUGCAAGCUGAUGAAGAACGUAAGAGUCACAUUGUUGAUGAAGACAAGGUAAUGGAUGCUAUUGAAGAUGACCUCGAAAAGGGAGGUUUGAUUAUUGAUUGGCAUGUAUGCGACAUAUUCCCAGAGAGACUUAUCGACCUAGUGGUCGUGUUACGUACUGAUAAUACGAUACUUUAUGAUCGAUUGAAGAAGCGUGGUUACACUGACAAUAAGGUUGAAGAGAAUAUCGAUGCAGAGAUCAUGCAAGUAAUUCUUGACGAGGCCCAGGAAGCUUACGCGGAGGAGAUUGUCAUUGAACUGGAGAGCAACGAUGUUGAUCAGAUGGAUUCCAAUGUAGAGAGGAUAGUUGCUUGGAAAAAUCAAUGGGAGAAGGAUAAUAAGGAGUAA